AUGGAGCUGUCCCUGGGUGGGAUUGCAAUUGCAGUGAGAGAGCAAGGGUUGUUCCGAUUGCUGCUCUCUUUCCAGGACCAUGAUGUCUUCAUCCUGAAAAUAUGUGCAAUGAACAUCCGGGGCUCCACGGGGCACUGCAAGGCCAUGCUGGAAGAGCAAUAUCUGUCUUCUCUGAGAGAAAGAGCAUUUGACAGGAACUGGUUAGAAAAUUAUGACUUCCAUAAGGUGCCUCUGGGCCUGAGGCAGUUCAGGACUGCUAUAAAAGGCAGCCCAAGUCUCUGCUCUCUCAUCCACUUCUCUCACAUCCUCCUCCUCCGCAACAAGGUGCACCUGUGACCCCGAGCCAUGUCCUGCUGCCAGCCCUGCGACCCUUGCUGCCAGCCCUGCGGCCCCUGCCCGCUGGCCAACAGCUGCAAUGAGUGCUGUGUCAGGCAGUGCCAGAGCUCCCACGUUGUCAUUGAGCCGCCUGCUGUGCUGGUGACCCUGCCCGGGCCCAUCCUCAGCUCCUUCCCACAGAACACCGCCGUGGGAUCCUCCACUUCUGCUGCUGUUGGCAACAUCCUCAGCUGUGGCGGAGUGCCCAUCAGCUCUGGGGGCUUUGACAUCUCCUGCAUCACCAACUGCUAUGGUGGCAGCAGAUGCCGUCCCUGCUAAAUAUCCUGGUGGCAUCCUUGGGCACUUCUCCUGACCUCUGAACCUGAUUCUGGGCACAGAUAGAGCCUUGGGACAUUGUAUUUAGAGCUGCGGGCUUCUCUUUCCUUCUUCUACUCUCCCCUCUCUUUUAUUCACUGUCUGUGUCUUCCCAGGCCAGUCUAGUGUGGACAUGUUGUCCUCCCUCCCUCUGCAGGGCAGGCAUGUGCACACCCUGCCCGAGGUGUGCUGCAUCUUAGUGGCUGCUCCUCUUGGCCUCUAUGAGCUACCUCCUUUUCCACUUUACACUCAAUAAAGUUGUUUUGCAU